GUUUUUUUCAUUCUUCAAGAACUUCAUAUCUUGCCGAGAUCUUCAUCCCUAAAGAUACUUGACAAUAGUAUUAUUGGAGUGGAUACACAACUCACAAAAAAUACAAGAAGUCGACUAGGCGGACUGGUCCGAGUGAAGAGAAAAAAAAGCCAUACGGAACUCAAAAUAUUUUCCGGAGAUAUUCAUUUUCCUGAAGAGGCGGAUAAGAUAUUAGGUGGCUGUUUGAUACCGCCAGAAAGACAAAAAAAAGAUUCUAAGGAAUCAAAAAAAAGGAAAAAUUGGGUCUAUGUUCAACGGAAAAAAAUUCUCAAGAGCAAGGAAAAGUAUUUUGUUUCCGUUCGCCCUACAGUGGCAUAUGAAAUGGACGAAGGAAGAAAUUUAGCAACACUUUUCCCGCAGGAUCUCUUGCAAGAAGAAAAUAACCUCCAAAUUCGACUUGUCAAUUUUAUUUCUCAUGAAAAUAGCAAGUUAACUCAAAGAAUUUAUCACACAAAUAGUCAAUUUGUUAGAACUUGCUUAGUAGUGAAUUGGGAACAAGAAGAAAAAGAAAAGGCUGGUGCUUCCCUUGUUGAGGUAAGAGCAAAUGAUCUUAUUCGCGAUUUCCUAAGAAUUGAGUUAGUCAAGUCCACUAUUUCGUAUACACGAAAAAGGUAUGAUAGGACAAGUGCAGGACCGAUUCCCCAUAAUAGGUUAGAUCGCGCCAAUAUCAAUUCUUUUUAUUCCAAGGCGAAGAUUGAAUCACUUAGCCAACAUCCAGAAGCUAUUGGCACUUUGUUGAAUCGAAAUAAAGAAUACCACUUUUUGAUGAUUUUGUCGGCAUCCAACUGUUCUCGAAUUGGUUUAUUCAAGAAUUCAAAACAUCCCAAUGCGAUAAAAGAAUGGAAUCCUAGAAUUCCUAUUCGAGAAAUUUUUGGGCCCUUAGGCGCUAUUGUAGCUAGUAUAUCGCAUUUUUCUUCAUCUUACUAUUUACUAACGCAUAAUAAAAUCCUGUUAAAAAAAUAUUUGUUCGUUGACAAUUUAAAACAAACCUUCCAAGUACUUCAAGAACUUAAAUACUCUUUAAUAGAUGAAAAUAAAAGGAUUUCUAAUUUCGAUAGUAACAUAAUGUUGGAUCCAUUCCUUUUGAAUUGUCACUUUGUCCAUCAUGAUUCUUGGGAAGAGACAUCGGCAAUAAUUCACCUUGGACAAUUUAUUUGUGAAAAUGUAUGUCUAUUUAAAUCGCACAUAAAAAAAUCCGGUCAAAUUUUCAUUGUAAAUAUGAAUUCCUUUGUUAUAAGAGCAGCUAAACCUUAUUUGGCCACUACAGGAGCAACUGUUAAUGGUCAUUAUGGAGAAAUCCUUUACAAGGGAGAUAGGUUAGUUACGUUUAUAUAUGAAAAAUCGAGAUCUAGUGACAUAACGCAAGGUCUUCCAAAAGUGGAACAAAUCUUUGAAGCGUGUUCAAUUGAUUCAUUAUCCCCGAAUCUCGAAAGGAGAAUUGAGGAUUGGAAUGAGCGUAUACCAAGAAUUCUUGGGGUCCCUUGGGGAUUCUUGAUUGGAGCUGAGCUAACCAUAGCCCAAAGUCGUAUCUCUUUGGUUAAUAAAAUCCAAAAGGUUUAUCGAUCCCAAGGGGUACAGAUCCAUAAUAGACAUAUAGAGAUUAUUAUACGCCAAGUAACAUCAAAAGUGCGGGUUUCCGAAGAUGGAAUGUCUAAUGUUUUUUCGCCUGGGGAAUUAAUCGGACUAUUGCGAGCGGAACGAGCAGGGCGAGCUUUGGAUGAAUCGAUCUAUUAUCGGGCAAUCUUAUUGGGAAUAACAAGGGCUUCCCUGAAUACCCAAAGUUUCAUAUCUGAAGCAAGUUUUCAAGAAACUGCUCGAGUUUUAGCAAAAGCUGCCCUAUGAGGUCGCAUUGAUUGGUUGAAAGGCUUGAAAGAAAACGUAGUUCUGGGGGGGAUUAUACCUGUUGGUACCGGAUUCCAAAAAUUUGUGCAUCGUUCCCCACAAGACAAGAACCUUUAUUUCGAAAUAAAAAAAAAAAAUCUAUUCGCGUCGGAAAUGAGAGAUUUUUUGUUUCUCCAUACAGAAUUAGUUUCUUCAGAUUCUGACGUAACAAACAAUUUUUAUGAGACAUAAGAACCCCCAUUUAACAUUUAACCCUAUAUCAUUUAAGGAUACAUAAAAAAUAUUUUUUACUUUACUAGACUUUUGAACUUAGAACACUAACAGGUCAAAUUUUAGAUUUUUAAGAUUUUUAUUUUAAUAAGUAAAACAAGUCAGUUAAUUCAUUAAGGUGGUUAUGUUUAUACCAUGUAUCAAUGGCCAACUCUUAUCUUAGUACAAGGUUCUCUCGGAACAAUUAUUAUUUAUUUCAAGCUAUUUCGGAUCUUUCUUAAUCUUCAAAAAGAACUAAAUUCCGUAAUGGAAUGGUAGGAUUAAAAAAAAAGGAAGUGUGGAAAAAAUGACAAGAAGAUAUUGGAACAUUAAUUUGAAAGAGAUGAUAGAAGCAGGAGUUCAUUUUGGUCAUGGUAUUAAGAAAUGGAAUCCUAAAAUGGCCCCUUACAUUUCGGCAAAGCGUAAAGGUACUCAUAUUAUAAAUCUCGCUAGAACGGCUCGUUUUUUAUCAGAAGCUUGUGAUUUAGUUUUUGAUGCAGCAAGUCAGGGAAAAAGUUUCUUAAUUGUUGGUACCAAAAAAAGAGCAACAGAUUUAGUAGCAUCAGCUGCAAUAAGGGCUCGUUGUCAUUAUGUUAAUAAAAAGUGGUUCAGUGGUAUGUUAACGAAUUGGUCGAUUACGAAAACUAGACUUUCUCAAUUUAGAGACUUAAGAGCAGAAGAAAAAAUGGGAAAAUUCCACCAUCUCCCAAAAAGAGAUGUGGCAAUCUUGAAGAGAAAAUUAUCUACCUUGCAAAGGUAUCUCGGCGGGAUCAAAUAUAUGACGAGAUUGCCAGACAUUGUGAUCGUCCUUGAUCAGCAAAAGGAGUAUAUAGCUCUUCGGGAAUGUGCCAUUUUGGGGAUUCCUACUAUUUCUUUAGUCGAUACAAAUUGUGACCCGGAUCUCGCGAAUAUAUCGAUUCCAGCCAACGAUGACACUAUGACUUCAAUUCGAUUGAUUCUUAACAAAUUAGUAUUUUCAAUUUGUGAGGGCCGUUCUCUCUAUAUAAGAAAUCGUUGAUUAAGAAUAUAUAGUGAAUUCUUGGGCAACUGCGUAAAUUUAUGGAAUCACUUACUUUACUAUAUCUUUUUUUUUUGCAUAGAAUUUUUUUUGCAUAGAAAAAAGAAGGGGAAUAUUGAUAUAUAUUAGAGGGUAUUGAUAUAUAUUAUGAUCUGAUGUGCUUUCUUGGUUUCCUAAAUAUAAGAUUAAUACUUCAAGUUGCUGAGUUGAGAAAGAGAUGGUUGAAUCAAAAGAAUUCCUUUUUUGAAGUUCAAUUUUUAUCAGAGGACAAUAUGAAUAUUAUACCUUGUUCCAUUAAAACACUCAAGGGGUUAUACGAUAUAUCGGGUGUAGAAGUAGGCCAACACUUCUAUUGGCAAAUAGGAGGUUUCCAAAUUCAUGCCCAAGUACUCAUCACUUCUUGGGUCGUAAUUACUAUCUUGCUAGGUUCAGUUGUCAUAGCUGUUCGGAAUCCACAAACCAUCCCGACCGACGGUCAGAAUUUUUUUGAAUAUGUCCUUGAGUUUAUUCGAGACUUGAACAAAACUCAGAUUGGAGAAGAAUAUGGUCCCUGGGUUCCCUUUAUUGGAACUAUGUUCCUUUUUAUUUUUGUUUCGAAUUGGUCGGGUGCUCUUUUACCUUGGAAAAUUAUAGAGUUACCCCAUGGGGAAUUAGCAGCGCCCACGAAUGAUAUAAAUACUACUGUUGCUUUAGCUUUACUCACGUCAGCGGCAUAUUUUUAUGCUGGUCUUAGCAAAAAAGGAUUCAGCUAUUUCGAGAAAUAUAUUAAACCAACUCCAAUCCUUUUACCAAUUAACAUCCUAGAAGAUUUCACAAAACCAUUAUCACUUAGCUUUCGACUUUUCGGGAAUAUAUUGGCGGAUGAAUUAGUCGUUGUUGUUCUUGUUUCUUUAGUCCCCUUAGUAAUCCCUAUACCGGUCAUGUUUCUUGGAUUAUUUACAAGUGGUAUUCAAGCUCUUAUUUUUGCAACAUUAGUCGCAGCCUAUAUAGGUGAAUCCAUGGAGGGUCAUCAUUGAAUUGACUAUUUUUGGAAAUAAUAUUUUUUUUUGCAGCUUAGCUCAAUUCAUGCAUGGUUCCGGAUAAUCUUCUUGGUUGCAAAAAAAUAGUUAGAAAUGCGUAUGAAUAUAUAGCCUAGAGUUGUAGGAGAGAGAAUAGAAUAGACUAUAUUAUGGAAUUUUCAAAGUAUAUAUGCAUUAAGGAGGGUGGAGUCAGGCUAGAUCUAUACUAUAAUAUCCUUAAUGUCUAUAAGUGGAGUCCUCUUUUAUGCGGGUUUCCACUUUAAGCAAUGAUUUUAGAAUCCGAUUCAAUA